GGGGCAAGUAUUUGAGUCUAUUCAAUUCCACAAAAACCUUCCUCACGAACGGAACCCCGUCCAUUUGGGAUCUUGGAUACGAACAUGCUUACACCGGUAGAUCCCGAGCAGCUGGCUUUUUUGGCCAGUCCGUGGCCCACUGCGAUUAUCCUGGCCACCUAUCUGCUGUUCGUGCUGAAGGUGGGCCCAUGGCUAAUGGCAGAUCGGAAGCCCUUCAAUUUGCGUGGAUUUAUCAAGACGUACAAUAUCCUGCAGAUAAUUUACAAUGGCAGCAUAGUCGUCAGCACCUCCUACAUCCUCUUUGUGCGGAGGCCAUACAAGCUGAGCUGCCCCAUUACUAUGCCACUGGAUCACGAGCUCAAGGAUGUAGAGCGUCUGAUUAGUAAUGCUUAUACCAUCAACAAGUUUGUGGAUCUGGUCGAGACCGUGAUCUUUGUGCUUCGUAAGAAGGAUCGGCAGGUGUCCUUCCUGCAUAUUUUCCACCACAUUUCCAUGGUCCUCUACGUGUACCUCUACACAACCCUGAACGGUCCCGGUGGCCCCAGUGCUCCGAUGAUGCUCAUGAACGUGAUCGUGCACACGAUCAUGUACACCUACUACUUCCUGUCGUCCAUCAGCCCGGCGGUGCAGGCGAGUCUCUGGUGGAAGAAGUACAUAACCAUAGCUCAGCUGAUCCAGUUUGGGGGUCUGAUGGUGUUCUGCAUCCAAAUGCUGGCCCAGAGUGACUGCCAAGCGCCCCGUUUUGUGUCGUACGUUAUUGGUGCUUUAUCCGCGUCCUUUACUGUUAUGUUUGGCAAAUUUUACUACCGGACGUACGUAGUGAACAACCAAAAGAAGGUCUAG